UGUGAAAUAGAGUUACCUCGCUUGAUUCUAAAACUAAAUGGACGAUUGGGAAACACUCACAGAUCCUAUUCUCCUAGCAGUAUUUUCCUACUUGGAUGUUCAGAAUUUAAGCGCUGCUGCCAGAACCUGCACGAACUGGUGGCGUAUUUCCUUGGACGAAUCUUUGUGGAAAGCUUUGGCCUUCCAAAGAGUAGGAUGUCGCUAUGCUUGUCAUGAUGACGUCACAUGGAAGUCGGAGCUGAAACGUUUGAUAUACCAUGCCCCGGUACAUUUGCACCAAACAUGCGUGGAACACCAUGACGAAAUAUAUUACAUCUGUUUCUCAAACAGCGGAAAUUUGAUUGCCACAUGUGGGGAAGACGGCAUUGUGAAUAACUGGUGUCGUGUUUCCUUGGACGAAUCUUUGUGGAAAGCUUUUGCCUUCCAAAGAGUAGGAUGUCGUUAUGCUUGUCAUGAUGACGUCACAUGGAAGUCGGAGCUGAAACGUUUGAUAUACCAUGCCCCAAUACAUUUGCACCAAACAUGCCAGGACCACCAUCGCGAAAUAAAUUAUAUCUGUUUCUCAAACAGCGGAAAUUUGAUUGCCACAUGUGGGGAAGAUAGCAUUGUAAAGGUAUGGAAAUAUGGCAACGAAAUUCAGUUGCUGUUUUCCAGACAAGUUGUAGAUGACCCAGAUCAUGUCAAUUUUGUCGAGUUCAAUCAAGCGGAAACUCACUUGAUCGCUCAUUGCAUCACUCCUGGAGGAGAGUUUCUUUGUUUUGAAGGGAUAAUAAUGGUAUUAUCCAUCCAUACAGGUGCUCUGUGUCCCGUGGCAGCUAGGAAUUCCCCAUCAGUUCCAUUUAGAGGAACAUGGCUUGCUAAUGACACCUUCCUACACGCCGAUGUCCUCGAGGACUCCCCCGAUGAUAUUCAGUUUCUAGCUUGCAAAUUUUUCAAUAACGGCUCGGAAUACUCAUCAUUGAUUGAUCUGAUCACUGAAGAAAAUGUGGAGACGAAAACCGUCCUGCAAAUAAACCAACAAGACUCUGACCUGGAGUAUGCGAAAGUGAUAGACUGGUCCCAAUGGAACGGGGGUGCUUCUAAUGAUUCAGACGUUCAUUCAAAAACUAAUGAAAAAGUGGUGAUCUUGUAUUUGAAUAAUUUGAGCCAAACAAAUGAGAACGAACUAAAAUUCUACAGAGUUGAAUUGGACUCCACAGAUCCAGUGAUAUCGGAGCCAAUAAGAACAAUAAAAAUGAACUGUUUAGGACUUCAGCUAUCAGCAGAUCACAGAUAUUUGGUAUGCAACACAAGGCGGAUAACUGUGGAAGACGACAAUUGGCGGGUUGAAAAGGAUGUCAUCACCAUGGUUAUUCGACUGGAAAACACAGAGUCAACGCCGGAAAUUUAUGGUGAAAACCAACCCAUGGAGAGCGUUACACUAUCCACUUACUUCUUCCCCCAUGUCUCCCCCGACUAUGUUGCAGCAGAGUCGGAUCGGGAUGUGAUUUUUCUAUGGGACCGGACGUCACGUCAAACUAUCUCCAAGUUAUCACACAGACUUCCGGGCCAGAAAAAUGGUGUCAGUGCCGUUGCUUUUCAUCCACGUGAUCAGGAAGUUUUAGUUACCGUUGCAGACGACUACAAACUUAGAGUAUGGAAGUCUCGGAACAGACUUAACUCUAUCGCAACCGAAUUGUUCUUCAUGUAUAAGAGUUUACCUAUCAUUGACAUUUUACAGUCGGAGAGGAUUUUAGAGUUAUCUUCCUUUAAAUUGCCGAUGGAGAAUGAGUGGGAAAAUCUUACGGACCCUAUUCUUCUAUCAGUGUUUUCGUACCUGAAUUUUCACGAGUUGAACAACGCCAGCAAAUCAUGCAAGAAUUGGUAUCGAGUUGCACAAGAUGAGAGUUUAUGGAGAGAAUUAUCUUUUCGGUAUUUGGGGUCUCGCUUUUCUCGACACGACGAUAGUUGGAAGUCAGAGUUGAAGAGAUUGACAUACCAUGCCCCGGUACAUCUGCACCAAACUUGCGAGAGUCACGUGGACGAAGUCUAUAACGUCUGCUUCUCCAAGAGCGGGAAAUAUAUCGCAACUUGUGGUUUAGACGGCAAUAUAAAAGUAUGGCUGUUCGGACCCAACACGGAACUCCUCCACUCCCGACAAGUGGUGGAUCCGCCCUCUUACGUUAACUACGUGGAAUUUAACGAAGCGGAAACUCAUCUGCUGCUGAACUGCAUGAUAAAGGGGGAUACAGGGGACCAGUGCCUUUUGGCAGUGAUGUCCAUCGAAAAGAAGUUUGCGGUGAUAGCAGCAAGACAGUCCUGGUUCCCGAACUUCAGGGGCACCUGGCUCAACAACGACACGUUCCUGAAUGCAGACGUUCUGGCAUAUUUCUUCUCCAACGACAACAUCAAACUUGUUGCCUGCACGUUUUAUGAGGAGGAUCUGGAUGACCCGUUCCUAUUGGAGCGCCCUCUGCUGGACCGUUUGUCCGACAACAAUGUGGAUCUAAGAUCUUUCCUGGAAAUGGAGCGGGACGAGUUUCGACCUCAUUUCGUCAAAGUCAUUGAUUGGUCGGAAUGGAAUCGGGAUUCCCCAACAAAACGUACCGAAGAUUCCAAUGACAAUGAAAAAGUGGUUAUCUUGUUCCAGCGAAGUUUGGAGUGGGACGGUGUUCAAAGAAUAGUCUUUUACAAAGCUGAUAUGGACAGUGAAAUUCCUAGUGUUACUGAUCCUAUUAAAACGAUUUUUAUCAAUUAUGGAUGCACUGGAGUUCAACUUUCUGCAGACCACAGAUACAUCGUGUACAACUUCAGAGGCGUGUGUGAAGACGGAGACAAAAGUUGGUAUGAUAAAGAAGUUGACAUGAUGGUUAUAAAUCUGGCUAAAUCUGAUGAUAAACCCAAAAUAUUCAGCGGUAACAUGUCUUUGGAGUAUUCCACUUUCAUAUCGUACUUUUUCCCGGAUGCAUCUUCAGAUUUUAUAGCAAGCGGAUCAGAACAAGAUGCUGCAGUUAUCUGGGAUCGUCACUCAAAGUGCGUCAUCUCUAAAUUACCUCAUCAUCUCCAAGAUCCAGCGACACAGAAUGGAGUUAGCGCUGUAGCAUUUCAUCCACGUGAUCAAGAAAUUCUCGUUAGUGUAGCAGACGACUGCAAACUUAGAAUUUGGAUGUCUGCCAACAGAACACGUCACUUGUGAUCAGAUAGAUGAUUGGAAAUAGAUACCUGCAUUCUUAA